AUGGCUUCCAAUCCUGGGAUUCUCACUGAAUGGCCGUGGACAAGACUUGGGAGCUUCAAGUAUCUGGUUUUGAGUCCAUUAAUAAUUCGUGCAACGUAUCUGUAUAUGAUAAAGGAUGCAAGUGAGAGAUCUCUCUCUCAAUUCUUGAUUUUACCUUUUUUAGUCUCAAGAAUGUUACUCAACCAGAUAUGGAUAUCACUCUCCCGAUAUCGAACUGCAAAAGGGAGCAACAGGAUUGUUGAUAAGAGUAUUGAAUUUGAACAAGUUGACAGAGAAAGGAGCUGGGAUGACCAGAUAAUAUUUACUGGGAUUUUAUUCUAUUUGGGUUCAAUAUACCUCAAGGGGGCUGAUAAUGUGCCCAUAUGGAGGACAGACGGGGUGGUGAUAACAAUUUUGCUUCAUGCUACUCUAAUUGAGUUCCUCUACUACUGGUUGCACCGAGCGCUGCACCACCACUUCCUCUACUCCCGCUACCACUCCCACCAUCACUCGUCCAUCGUCACCGAGCCAAUUACAUCUGUCAUCCAUCCAUUCGCGGAACACAUAGCAUACUUUGCUUUGUUUGCAACACCAAUUCUUAUUACUAUACGUUUGGGGAUCAUCUCUAUUGUUUCCUCAGCUGGCUAUAUCAUUGUCGUUGAUGUCAUGAACAACUUAGGCCAUUGCAAUUUUGAGCUCAUCCCCAAUUGGCUUUUCUCCAUAUUUCCCCCUCUCAAGUAUCUCAUGUACACACCAUCGUUCCACUCACUGCAUCACACACAGUUUCGGACCAAUUACUCACUUUUCAUGCCAUUCUACGAUUACAUAUACUGUACAAUGGACAGUUCGACGGACUCAUUGUAUGAAAAAUCAGUGCAGAGAAAGGAGGAAUCGCCAGAUGUAAUUUAUCUUACACACUUGACAACCCCAGAAUCCAUAUACCAUUUACGUUUAGGGUUUGCAGCCUUAGCUUCUAAGCCUCAAAAGUCUACGUGGUACUUGCGGUUAAUGUGGCCUGUCACACUUUGGUCCAUGAUGGUAACUUGGAUUUACGGUCGAACUUUUACGGUCGAGAGAAAUGUCUUCGAGCGUCUCAAGUUGCAAACUUGGGCUAUCCCGAAAUACAAAAUACAAUACUGCUUGCAAUGGCAAAGAGAGUCCAUCAAUAAUCUGAUUGAGGAGGCUAUACUUGAAGCUGAAGUGAAAGGCACUAAGGUUUUGAGCCUUGGCCUAUUGAAUCAGGAAGAGGAGUUGAAUAGAAAUGGUGAAAUUUACAUAAGAAAGUACCCUUCAUUAAAAGUGAAGUUGGUAGAUGGGAGUAGUUUGGCAGUUGCUGUCGUUUUAAAUAGCAUUCCUAAAGGAACAGAUGGAGUGGUUCUAAGAGGCAAAUUGUCCAAGGUUGCCUAUGCCAUUGCUCGUGCAUUAUGCCAACAGGGGAUCAAGGUAAAUAUGUUACGAGAGGAUGAGUAUAAGAAGCUAAAAUCAAGGCUCAGCAAUGAGGCUGGAAAUAAUUUGGUCCUCUGCGAAGGAAAUGCUCCAAAGACAUGGCUGGUGGGAGAUGGAUUAAGUGAAAAUGAACAAAUGAAGGCAUCAAAAGGUGCAGUAUUCAUUCCGUUUUCACAAUUUCCUCCGAAAAAACUGCGUAAAGACUGCUUUUACCAUAACACACCAGCAAUUUUGAUUCCCAAGAAUCUUGAGAAUGUAGACUCUUGUGAGAACUGGUUACCAAGAAGGGUGAUGAGCGCAUGGCGUGUAGCCGGGAUACUGCAUGCUUUAGAAGACUGGAAUGUCCAUGAGUGUGGUAAUGUGAUGUUCAGCAUUGACAAAAUUUGGCAAGCCAGUCUCAAACAUGGCUUUCGCCCCUUGCCGACAUCUACCGAGUUGAAGCCAUGCUAG